AUGUCCUACCCGGAAUGGCAAUGGUGUGAUUCGUUACGGCAUUUUCCGUUUCUCUUACUGUGUUUCUUUCUUCUCCUGCAGCAACCGAUAUCGCGCAACGAGGUGUUGGCGAUGGAGAAGGAGAUGGUCAUCGUAACCCAUCGGGACAGGAUCAUUAAUCUCCUGUCAAGCCUCAUUGUGAACGAGUCGGACAAGACAGAGUUCGACAAGCUUUGCACUCGAGUGGCGGCCGUCAUCCGCGCAUGGUACAACCUCAGAUUCGACCGUCUCAUGGAGCGCUACUCGUACUUCGAUCCGGUGGGCGGCAAGCAGCGGGUGAAGAACGAGAAGCUGAACGAGGAGCAGCUGAAUCGCAUGGAGGGCGAGGUGCUGCAAGAAGUGGUUGCGCUUCUGAAAAAGAGCAACUACAAGCCCAUGUCGAUGGAGGAAUACCGCGUCGCCACCAGCUGCAGCUACCUCAUCAACCUGCCCAUCGUUGUCAACAAGAAGAAGCUGGACAGCGGGCUGUUUGAGCGAUUCUACGCCAGUGGAGCCACGGAUCUCAACCCCGAGGAGCUGCCCGACAAUGGCAAGCACUAUCUUCUGUUCCGCCGGGGAGUCGGCGUGGACAAGACCACGGACCUCUUCAUUGACCCCAAGAUCGACGUCCUCAUCUCCCGCCUCUGGCUCUUCGCCAUCACACGCCUGGGCCUGAAGAAGGAUGAGGAGGCGACAGUGACGUCAACGACAGAAGACGCGGUGGGGCGGCUGGCUCACCAGCUGCAGAAGGAGGCCAAGGCGGCGAAGGUGGGGCGUGGCAGUGUGGACUCAAGUGAUGAUGAGGACGCGGGGGAGAAUGACCCACUCGUUGCCAAGAGGCGCGAUGCUGCUGGAAAGCUUCACUAUGAGAGGAUCCGGCUGGAGAAUUUGCCUGUGAAGGACCUUAUCGGGCUGACCACUAUUCAAGAGCCCACAUUUGAACGAGUAAUUGUCGUCUACAGACCCACCUCUGGCAAGAAGGUGAAGCCAGGGAAGCUGGGCGACAGGACAAUCGAGUUCAAGCAGUUCAAGAGCAUUCCCAUGGCAGAUAUUGAGAUGGUUCUGCCUGAGAAGAAGAAUCCAGGGCUCACUCCCAGGGACACGGUCAACUACAUGAUCUCAGCCAUCGGAGGUCUGACGGCUCUCUUCGUGUCGUUUAAGAUCGAGAAAUUUGACGUUGCAGUGGCCUACACCAUCGGGGCUGCAGUCUUUGCCUACUUCUCCAAGAUGUACACUGCCUACCAGAGCAAGAUGGCGGCGUACAACCAGGCGAUGAUGAACGCCAUGUAUGCCAAGCAGCUGGACAGUGGUAACGGCACGCUGCUCAACAUUUUCCACCAAGUCAUUGAACAGGAGGUCAAGGAGGUUGUUAUCUCUUUCUACAUUCUCAUGACCCAGGGCAAAGCGACACUUCAGGAGCUGGAUGAGAGGUGCGAGGACCUCAUGAUCGCUGAGUUCAACGAGCAGCUCGACUUUGACGUUGCUGAUGCUUGCAACAAGCUCACAGCCCUUGGCCUCGUCACCCUGGAUUCUGCUGGGUUCUACUCGCCUGUGUCUCUCAAGCGUGCCAAUGAGAUGAUUGGCGUCACCACAGAGGAGAUCAUGUCCAAGGUCGUCCCCACAUAA